CUGUGCAGGAGAGGCAACAGAUAUCUUUCCACAUUAUAUAUCCUCCUAGAUCACAGACAUGCAUUCUCUUGUUUCUCUGGGCUUCAUCUGCACACGCUGAGUGCGUGAGCAAGCCUGUGGUUGUGUUGCUGUGACAGCCACCCUAGUGCAGGGCGCUGCCACUCUCCUGUGAAGCCAUAGGAAAUGUUUUCGUGAUUCAAGAUAAGAGAGACCUCCACUUCCUCCUUCUGUGCUUGCAGGGCUAAGCUGCCUCCGAGGCUGCACCGUCCACCCUGAGAACCCACUCACAAAAUGGACCAGGAAACCCUUGGAAGUGUCGUCCUGCUCGCCAUCGUCACCUUGAUAAGUGUUGUCCAGAACGCUUUUUUUGCUAACAAAGUGGAGCAUGAAAGCAAACACUGCAAUGGCAAGGGGUUCCAGCGGCCAGGAUCCUCCGCCUUUGACCGCGUCUACACUGCCAACCAGAACUGCGGACACACGUACCCUACAUUUCUGGCCGUGCUGUGGUGUGCUGGCCUCCUCUGCAGCCAAGCUCCUGCCGCCUUUGCCGGCCUGAUGUACCUGUUUGUGAGGCAGAAGUACUUUGUGGGCUACCUCGGGGAAAGGACUCAGAGCACUCCCGGUUACUUAUUUGGAAAGCGCAUCAUUCUGUUCCUGUUCCUCAUGUCCGUGGCUGGAAUACUCAACUACUAUCUCGUCUUCUUUUUUGGAAGUGACUUUGAAAUGCACAUAAAAACGAUAACCAGCGCGAUCUCUCCGUUGCUGCUCAUCCCCUAACUCCCCGCGGCGCUGAGGGGGUCAGCGUGCUUAAUAUAUCGAUACCCAGAAGCAGCCAUAAUUCAACUGUUUAAGAAAUGAACCCGUAACCCUUUUAGAUUGCUGUAAAUCUCGUGCUUGAUGGGCUUUGUAGUUUGACUUAACCUUGCUUUUUCCUUCAGGAAAAAAAGAUUUACCGUGAGCACUUGGCAUGCCCAAGGAAUGGUAACAACUUCCAGUUAAUUCUUUAGAGUUUUUUGGCUAAACUGCAGCUUGCAAGCCGAUUGCGUGACUGGAAGAGACAUCGUAUGCUUGCUUCAUGGCUGUGUGGUACCCAGCUUUUGUCCCAAAAGCCAGGAGCCUCUCGGUGUCGUUCUUGGCAUCCCGCACGCCCCUGCCCAUCCAAAGGCAUGGACCAGCCUCUUCACCCGCCCUUUCCCUCCCACUUGUUGAUGACUGAGCUCCAGCUGCUGCGGGAGGGCGGCAAAUUGGCCCCUGUCUGGUCUUCCUUGAUAAAUAUUCAUGCGCAUAACACUCCCGACACUGAUCUCAUUUACACUUCAGCCUUUUUUGUUCCCCCGGAGCUGUGGAAAGGGGUCUUGCGUAAAUAAGGAGCUGGUGUAUUGACGGUGGGGCUGGUUUUGUUUUGCUCGGCUUUGUUUAAUAAAACAGUCUAAAAGGA